AUUGAGGCCAGGCCCUUGGCGGACUGACCACCAGAGGGCGCUCCAAGCCCGCCUCCUCGCCCUCCAGCGACGCCACUCUCCAGGUGCCGGGGCGGGGGCCUAGCGACUCUCCCUUCCUCGUAGCCCGUCUCCGUCCCCGCCCGCCACCAGGGGGCGCCGCAGGCUGCUUGGCGCUGGGUUCGCCGCCCCGGAGCAGCCGCUGGAGCCGCAGCGCGGACUGGCGGCCAUGGACCGGUUCGUGUGGACCAGCGGCCUCCUGGAGAUCAACGAGACUCUGGUGAUCCAGCAGCGCGGGGUGCGCAUCUACGACGGCGAGGAGAAGAUCAAAUUUGAUGCUGGCACCCUCCUUCUUAGUACACACCGGCUCAUUUGGAGAGAUCAGAAAAAUCAUGAGUGCUGCAUGGCCAUUCCCCUUUCCCUGGUUGUGUUCAUUGAAGAGCAGGCAGCUGGGAUUGGGAAAAGUGCCAAAAUAGUGGUUCAUCUUUAUCCAGCCCCUCCUAACAAAGAGCCGGGUCCGUUCCAGAAUAGCAAGAACUCCUACAUCAAGCUGUCCUUCAAAGAGCAUGGCCAGAUUGAGUUUUACAGGCGGUUGUCAGAGGAAAUGACGCAGAGAAGAUGGGAGAAUGUGCCAGUUUCCCAGUCUUUACAAACAAAUAGAGGACCUCAGCCAGGAAGAAUAAGGGCUGUGGGGAUUGUAGGGAUUGAAAGGAAACUGGAAGAAAAAAGAAAAGAAACUGACAAAAAUAUUUCUGAGGCAUUUGAAGACCUUAGCAAGCUCAUGGUCAAGGCUAAGGAAAUGGUGGAAUUAUCAAAAUCAAUUGCUAAUAAGAUCAGAGACAAACAAGGCGACAUCACAGAAGAUGAGACCAUCAGGUUCAAAUCCUAUUUGCUGAGCAUGGGGAUAGCUAACCCAGUUACCAGGGAAACCUAUGGCUCGGGUACACAGUACCACAUGCAGCUGGCCAAACAGUUGGUUGGAAUACUUCAGGUGCCACUAGAGGAACGAGGAGGAAUUAUGUCACUCACAGAAGUGUACUGUUUAGUAAACCGAGCUCGAGGAAUGGAACUGCUCUCACCAGAAGAUUUAGUGAAUGCCUGCAAGAUGCUGGAGGCACUGAAAUUGCCUCUCAGGCUCCGGGUUUUUGACAGUGGAGUCAUGGUCAUUGAGCUUCAAUCCCACAAGGAAGAGGAAAUGUUGGCCUCAGCUUUGGAGACAGUUUCAGAAAAGGGAUCCCUCACAUCAGAAGAGUUUGCCAAGCUCGUGGGCAUGUCUGUCCUCCUGGCCAAAGAAAGGUUGCUCCUUGCAGAGAAGAUGGGCCAUCUUUGCCGUGAUGACUCCGUGGAAGGCUUGCGCUUCUACCCAAAUCUAUUCAUGACCCAGAACUAAGGGUUUUGCAGAGCUAAGGGUCUGCAUUCGCUGCCCGUGUUCAUCUUCUUGCAGCAUGAAAACGUUGUAUGAAACUGAGCUGAGAGUAAACUUGGUAGACUGAGAAUUUACUGGCACCUCACCAUAAAAUAUAAACCCAUUUUCAUUUCUCUCUAAACAUCAUGGUCCAGGAGCUCAUUAAGAAUAAACAUAGGAAAAUACAGAAAAUUGAAUGUGGAUAUACAUUUUAAAAAGUCAUGCUAUAGUUGUGCAGAACCUUGAGAGUUCAGCUUGAUCCUCAGAUCUGACUAUUUUAUAAAGAAAAUGGUUUAGUUAACGGGGGAAGGAAAAACAAAACAAAACAAAAGAGGUUCAUAUUUAGACAGGUUAGACCUGUAUUUUAUUGUGACUAAAAGUCAUUCAAUUAUAGUCAGUCUUUCUCCACUUCUUAUAUGCCCAUUUCAUAGGGUCUUCACAAAGCAGGUCAUAUAGGCAAUGUAGUUUAAGAACUUGACAACAGUGGGACAAAGUUAUCAAACCACAGAAAUACCAUGUGAGGCGUCUUCUCAGGAGUGUGAGAAGCAGUCAUCAGCAUGUCUCUAAUAACAAACCAAAUAAAGCACUUUAAAAAGCAGAGAACUUCAUUUGAUAUAUAUAAUGUUAGUAGUUACUUAUUUUUAUUUGUUUUAGUGGUGACUUCAUAGCUGGCAUCUAAAGAAUGCAAUGAUGUCAUUUUGUUUUAAAAUGCCAUGGAUUUUGAAACCAAGUUAAAGAGGUGUAUAGACAUGUCAGUGAUAGGAUUACAAAUCUGGGCAGUAGACAGCUCAGGAUUUCCCUGGUAUUGUGCUGGCACAGGGACUAAGAGAGAAUCUCACUAGUAUACCAGGAAUUUUGGUGCUCUUUUACCUUGAAACCAAGGAUGGUAAAAUAGACCAUGAAAAUGUUAUGUCUCCUUUUCAUUCACAUAAGGAAUUUUAAAACUGAACUUAAAUAAACAAACAAAAAAACCCAUCCUGGGGGGCCUGGAAGAAUCAGUGGGUAGAGUACAUGUUUUACAAUGUCUCAGGCCCUGGGUUCAAUUCCUGGCAAUAUAUGGGAGCAUCAGAGGAACUCCUUGGAUGGUGGGACGGAUUUGAUACCCCUCUUCCUCCUCCCCCCCCCCAUAUAUAUAAAACAAAACUUGGGUCAAGAGGCAAACAGCUCAGUGGUACUAUAAACACACAAGGUUUUUCCUUCCUUCCCUUCCUCCCUCACUCCCACCCUCCUCUCUUUCUUUUUCUUUUUUUUCUUUUCUUUUUUUUUCUUUUCUUUUCUUUUCUUUUCUUUCCUUUCUUUCUUUCUUUCUUUCUUUCUUUCUUUCUUUUUCUUUCUUCCCUCCUGUUCAUUUUUCAGUGACAGGGAUUGAAUCCAGGGCCUUAUACAUAUAAGGCACACACUACCACUGAGCUACAACCCUGGCCCUAAGUUUGCUUGAAUUUCAAAGUGGACUUUGCCUGACUUCCUCUGUUACUCCUAUGCAGCAUAUGGCAUGGUGGCAUUACCUCAAACUCAGGGACCCUGUGUGGGCAAAAGGAACUUCUUUUCUGAGACUGAGCUGGAAGUGGACUGUAGUGACGGUUUUGCCUCAGCUUCUUGGAGGAGUAUUGUCUAUAUUGAGUAAACCACUGGGAAUAGGAAGAGAGGAUAUUAUCCAAGGAUACUAUCCCAGGUCCCCUACAUUCUCAUUUCAUUGAUGUGUCAGAGGCAACUACACAUAUGCUUUAGGGAAGGCACAAGCUUCCUCAACUGAAGACCCAGGGAAUCUUUGUAAAUGCAGCCAGAGUCACACCCUCACACCUCCCUGAGAAGUGGCUGCCACUGCUUCAGCCUACAGUGUCAUGGGAGUAUUGUGAUGGAGGCAGCUGCUUUAUUCUUUGAUGUCCAUACCUAUAUAUAACUAGUUCUGUGUUAUGACAGAUUCCCUAAUUCCACCACAGCUCAACAAGUUUGUUUUGGGGAAAACUUAGUGUCUGGAUGCCCAGGUCUUCUGGGCCUUUGUAUGUCACUCCUCUUUCUGGGUUGCACUCACAUUUGCACAUACAAACACACACACACACACACACACACACACACACGCUAUAUCUCAUCUGGCUAAGCUUCAAAAAGUGAUGAAGGUAAAUAAUAAUCUAUUUUACCAGCUGAAAUGAGCUGCACUUACAAUUGUUUGAACUACUAUACCUAGCACUAGUGGUUUGGGUUCAUUAUAGCAAACUCCCACAAUUCAGUAUAUUUAUUUACGUUAUUAUGACAAUAGACUAACAAAAAUGGAGCAUUCUGAGUUAUCUAAAGUGAACUAAAAAGGAAGGAAAGUGGCAUAUAAAUAUAUUCUGCAGAAAUUAUAUUCAUUAAAAGACAAGUAUAAUUGACUUAUUUUUUAGUGGGCAUUUGUGGCAUUUUCUAGGUCUCUGUAUAUUUGUACCCCUCUGCUUUUUUUUUUUUUUCUCCAAAUAAGGUAUUAUUUUGGCCCUCUCAUGGGUUACUUUUUAAAUAAACCAACACCCAUUGGACUCAAAAUACAAAAAGUUGUUUUGGUGCUGAUACAAUUAUUGUUUUAACUUGGCUCUUAGGAGCAUAAAUCUAAAGUAGCUUUAUUGUAAUGGAAUAUUUUUAGUCAUAUACUGCCAGUUUUUUGUUACAUUGUAUAAGUGACUGUUUUCUGAGUUCAGUGAUUUUUAUUAAUGUAUAUAGGGUAAAAUUACUGAAAAAUUAAAAAUACAUCUUUUUCAACUUGACAUUUUUAAAUACGUUUUGAAAAUGUGUGAAAAUGAGAAACCUCUAGCCAGAAUAAGUCAGUAUGUUAAGAUUUUUCUUUUAGAUCUUAUAACCAAAAGUUGAUUAUAAUAACCUUUAUGACCUCACACAUUUAUGAUUUCAGUUGUUUUGAAAGAGUGGGAAAUGACUUGUGAAUUGUCUUCUCCUUAAUUCUUGAUGUGAAUUCCACUGAUAAGUGACCACGUGUAUUCUUGUGAAUGUACUAUUUCUCUUGCUCCCUGUGGCUAGACAAAUCUGACUAGAUGUGGAUUCAUCACAUCAUCAUUCAGUUAUUUUAUUAAAAUGGUUGUCCAUUGCCCAGCAAUCUGAGCUGUUGCUUUGGUACAGUAGACCCAUACCUUACAAAGUGUUUAAGUUUUAAAGACUGUGCCUAGGGACAUAAUCAAGUGUGCUCAAAAUGAUCCUUGAAAACUUCUUAAAUUGCCAAGGAACUUCUCUUACAGUCUUAUAAUUCGUCUUAGAAUUAGAGUGAUACAUGGGUAUGAAUAUUUUGUAAAUUGAGAAAGAACAUAACUUUUCAUACACCAAUAAUUAAAGAACUUAAAUGUGUUUGUCUUUUUUGUUGUUGUUGCCAACAGGUCUGUUUGAAUUUAUGUAAAUGUAUUGCUAAGCCCAUCCCUAAUGAGAAAUCCAGAGUGUGAACUUGAGAGCAGUGCUUUUUAUCUGCUUUGUUCAUGGAUCUAUCCUCAGGGUGGAGAGGAUAGGACAGGGCCUGGUACACAGCACAGGAAGCAUCCAAUAAAUAUUGUCUGAACAAAUGAA